UUCUGGCGAAAAGAGAAGGAAAAGGUGAGUGUGUAAUCUUGGUCCCUGCGAGCAAACUUAUCGACCGAUGGCGCUUCGAUCAGCUGAUAAGUGAUAACUCCAACCGUCGUGGUGGUUCGGGGAAGUUGCCGAGCCGAAGACGGUUGCGUAUUGGAGAGUUGAUGCUGCGAACAGCAUUCUUACCGUGACCCGAUGGAACUCGGACAAUUCUGGAAAAGAUCCCGAACGACGACGGCGACAACGGCGACGAAAAAAGCAGCUGGAGCAGCGACACCGUAUCACGGCACCAAACCAGGCGCGUCCAGUGCGAGUGGGCGAGGCAACACGCGGAAAGAUAAGCCGCGAGUGUAAGAUAAACCUCAGCCCACCUCACGAGCGAUUCCGAAAUUUCAGACCGUGCAGUGUUAGUACGAGUGUGUCCCGGAUGACGACCGCGGCGACGACGGCGACCGCGACGGUUACGAUGGCAAACGGUACGAUGCCAGACGGUGACGCGGCGAUGGCAGCGAACGGUGCCAUUAGCAAGAUUUGUAGCGUUUGCGGGGACAAGGCGCUCGGUUACAACUUCAACGCGGUCACUUGCGAAAGCUGCAAGGCAUUCUUCCGACGCAAUGCCCUUUCCACGAAGGGGUUUACGUGUCCGUUCAACGAAAACUGCGACAUCACCAUCGUAACGCGCCGCUUCUGCCAAAAGUGUCGACUAGAGAAGUGUUUCCGAAUUGGCAUGAAGAAGGAGUACAUCAUGUCGGAGGAGGAUAAGGUGCUGAAGCGCAAAAAGAUCGAACAGAACCGGGCUAAAAAGAGACAAAGCAACGGGAGUGCAUCCGAGGGAUCUGCCUCCGUGGGUGACCGGGAAAGCACACCAGCCAGAAACAGUGUCCCUACCAAGAUAAAGCGAGAGAAAUCGUUGGAAACGUUCGACGGUGGAGACUGCUGGAACAACUCCUGCUCCUCCGAGUACACCCCGGCUGAUGGGCAUCAGACGAAUGGGCCGGGCAGUUCGUCGACGAUGCUCACAUCGAGCACGAUAUUAGAGGCACCCUCCAACUCCUCCAACCAAUCGAUGCUAUCCACUGGCACAUCGAAUGACUACAGUCGGAUCGCCUCGCCCUCCGAACUAAGCAGUACGCCCAGCUCAUCGGCGUACAACCCGCACGGUUCUCUUUCCUCAGAAGCUGAACUGCUUUCGUCGGCAGUCGCCUGUCUGCAGUCAUCGGCUGGUGCAUCGAAACCAAACGAAAUGCAGCCAUCCCAAUCGAACUGCCGGGCGACAGGAGGCGAAGAGCGUCUGCCGCUCGUUACGAUCAAUUCCAGCGCCGAAGACAUCGUGAAUCGCAUCGUCAACUAUCCGACGCGAGCAAGUCAAACGAUUGCAUCGCUAAUGAAGACCCCCAAGGAUGCGGUGUUCAUAAUGUCCAAAAUAAUCAACUCCCAGUGUGAUGCGCUGAAGCUGAUAAGCCAUUUCAUAACUGCACCUGGUGAUGCGUUGCAGAUUAUUAGCAAAAUUAUGAACUCUCCGCUGGACGCGCUGACGGUUUUUGCCCAGUUUAUGAGCUCCCCGACGGAUGCGCUGCAGCUGAUCGGAAAGAUCGUCAGUUCUCCGGCCGAUGUGCUGCAGUUUAUGCAGCAGCUAAUGAACCAGCCGGAAGAUGCACUGCAGGUGAUGAAUAAAUUCAUGAGCUCGCCAGCCGAAGCACUGCAAAUGAUAAACAAGAUGAUGAAUCAUUCCGACAUCGUGAAAACGAUCAAAGAAGCGGCCGAUACAUCCCAGAAAGAUGACGAUGAUCAGCAGCAUCAGCAGCAGCAUCAACAGCAACAACAACAGCCAUCACCAACACAGCAACAGCAGCUGCAGCAGCAACAACCACCAGCAUUACAGCCGCAUCAAGCUACGCAACCCCAAACAUCACAGCAAUUUCACCAAUCGACUACACCCAUUGAAUCGCCCCAGGUUGAUUCUCUGGCAACCGAUCAACAUCAAAUGAUUCGUUCCCUGAUGCAAGAGUCAACGAUCGGGCCGGAACCGAUGGGAACGAUCAGUGCCGCUGGUUCACCUUCUUCCACGUCCAACUACGAGCCGCCCUACACGUCGAUGCUCGAUCCGCUGCUUUCAAGCACGACGACCUCUCUAGUACAUUCCCACACUUACCAUCACAACCAUCAGCUGCACCAAAUGAGCACCGCCAUACAGCCAGCAUCGCCCAGCUGCUCCAGCGACAUAGCGGACGUGGUAUUUGCGGCAUCGUCCACCUUCGGUCACGAUCCACCGAUAAUCGUGCCGCCCACAGACGAUUUGGGCAUCUUUCAGGACAUUGAAGCAAAACCGAUCAUGCCCCAUACGCUCGAAUCGGUCCUGAUGCAAGCGAUCAAGCUGGAGUAUGAAGGAUACAACAGUAGCCCGAUCGGGUCGAGCUCAAGUCAGCAGUCCACCGUACAUCACCCGACGGUCGGUAGUAAUAGUAUCGAGCUAAACGACGCUGAAAGGGCCAAACUGAACGAGCUGAUUGUGGCCAAUAAAGCGCUGUACGCACCGGUAGAUGACGAUCUGGCAUCGCUCAUCUCGGACGACUGUCGGAUAAAGUCCAAUCAAACGCAGCAAGAUCCACAACUGCUAAAAGUGAUAAACUUAACCGCCAUUGCCAUUCGACGACUGAUUAAGAUGUCUAAAAAGAUCAGCGCAUUCAAGAACAUGUGCCAGGAGGAUCAGUUAGCGCUGCUGAAGGGAGGCUGCACCGAGAUGAUGAUCCUGCGUUCCGCAAUGCAGUACGAUUGUGAUAGGGCGACAUGGAAGAUACCUCACAGCCAGGAGGAAAUGUCCAACAUACGGGCGGAUGUGCUCAAGCUUGCCAAAGGUAAUGUGUACCAGGAGCAUGAACGUUUCAUACGCACGUUCGACAAGAAGUGGCGCUCGGACGAGAACAUUAUUUUAAUAAUGUGUGCCAUAACGCUGUUCUCGCCCGAUCGCCCCAAAACAAUACAUUCGGACGUGAUCAAACUGGAACAGAAUUCUUAUUACUAUUUGCUACGCCGAUACUUGGAAAGUAUCUAUCCUGGUUGUGAGGCACGCUCGGUAUUUCUGAAGCUGAUGCAGAAAAUAUCGGAACUGCAUUUUUUGAAUGAUGAAAUUAUCAGCGUUUACCUGAAUGUAAAUCCAUCGGAGGUGGAACCAUUGCUACGAGAAAUAUUUGACCUAAAGGUGCACUAAAUCGAAAGUCCAGUGUUGGAAGCAUGUUUUUUUGUUAAGAUGAAUAGUUUUGUACACGUCUCUAUCGUACAAUUAAUGUGACCAAUACUAAAUUAAUCACUCCCGUAACUCUAGAUUGUGCAAUAUGUGAAAUUUCAAAUCGUUUCUUAAAUUAAGCUUUUAUUUUGCUAACAAAAUUGUUUAUACAUGUAGACAUCAAACGAAUAGUUAUCAAAAUUUGCAAUAUCUAGUUAUGUUGUAAUCGUUCAAGUUGUUAGUUACCAGAGAUAGAAUAGCGAAUAGCGCGGAAAGUUCUCAUUAUUUUCCUUUAGCAAAACAACUGUUAGGCCUGGCAACCCGUUUUCCAGCGAGCUAGCUUUAUUUGAAUUUGCUUUAUCCACAACAGGAUAUUCAGUCGUACGAAAGGGAAAUCGAUUCGAAUAUGAAUCACGUUCGGCCUGUUGAAGACGGUACGUUUACAAUCAAACCAAAAAUAGGAUUGCAUGACGAAAAGAACAAAUUGCAUAUACAUUGCUAAAGAAUAUUUUAAAUGCACGAGAGGCACGCCUAUAAUUAAACUAGUGAAUCAGUUCCGAUAGUGUGAUACAAUGUAUACUGUUUGCUGCUAUGCCUGGUCCUUAGCAGCGUAUUUUAUUGUAGUAACAGUCUUAAUCACCGACGACCGGUACAAACGUUUUCUUUGCGGUUUAAAUUUCGAUUUCAACUGCUUCAAACAUGGGUCAGUCGGAUAGAAAAAGGAGCAUUCGCUUACUUCUAUGAACAGUAUGUGGCAACACCCAUCCUCCAGCUAUAAGAGACAGAGUAUAACAUGCAGUUACAAAUAUUGGCCUUAAAGAAUUGUGAUGAAGCAGCCUUAGCUAGUGACAAAAGGGUAGUAACGUAACAGUUAUGAAGCUCGUCGCGGACUGUGGGCGUACGUAGAUGUUCGUGCGAUGAAUAAGUGCCAGUCAGACGGAAACCGAUCAUCGUACUACGUACGCGUAAACACUUACGCUCAGUGCGAUGCAAAACAUUACCGGUAGGUAAAUCCGGAAUCAAACCACAGAUAGUUCAAAUUACAAUUAAAAAGAUGAAGAAGCGUAGCUUCGUAUUUUAUUUCCUAAGUAUUGCAUAUUUGUAAAGUGUUACGUGCAGUGAAACCGUACAAGUUAUAGCUUUCGUUUCUCUAUUUGUCUUCUUUACGUUCAUCCAGUGUAAUUGUAUGCUAUGAGUGUAUUGUUUUUUGCUUUUAAUUUAAUUAAAUAUAUAACUGUGAGAAAACUACAA